AUGAGAAUCGCUUUUGCUACUGGGAAUGCAAAUAAACUUAGCGAGCUUCAGCAAAUUCUGAAUGGUGUUCUUGAAGUUGAUGCCAUCUCUUUGGAUAGUACUCUUGAAUUGGGCUGCAUAAGGGAUAUUGCUGUGGCAAAGUCAAAGGAGGCAUUCAAGAUUAUUGGGAGGCCCGUGCUCACUGAUGACACUAGCCUUACAUUUUCUGCAUUUGGAGGCGAACUACCAGGUUGGCUCUUGUUUUUCAUCGUCAGGGCCUUAUAUUAA